CCUGAGGUUCCUUGUGAUGCCUGCAGUGGAGAGAAGCUGAAGGCCCUAAAAUCCUGUCUGGAUUGUGGACUGAGUUUCUGUAAAAUUCAUUUAGAGCCACAUUAUCAUGUUCCAAAACUUAAGAAACACAAACUAAUAAACCCUGUGGAGAACCUGGUGGCCAACAUAUGCCAGAAACACGAGAGAGCUCUGGAGCUGUUCUGUAGAGAUGAUCAGACCUGUGUGUGUCAGUUCUGUAUUGAGACAGAUCACAGGCAUCACAACACUGUUCCUAUAGAGGAGGAGAGCAGAGAGAGGAAGACUCAGCUGGUGGAAACACAGACAGAUGUGCAGCAGAUGAUUCAGGACCGACUGAAGAAGAUAAGAGAGAUCAAACACUCAGUAGAGCAAAGCAAAAGAAGCACAGAGAAAGAGAAAGCAGACAUUUUUAAAGUCUUCACUGCUCUGAUUUGCUCCAUUGAGAGAAGUCAGGCUGAGCUGCUGGAGAUGAUGGAGGAGAAGCAGAAAGCAGCAGAGAGGCAGGCUGAAGGACUCAUUAAAGAGCUGGAGCAGGAAAUCAGUGUGCUAAAGAGGAGAGACUCUGAGCUGGAGCAGCUCUCACACACUGAGGAGCAUCUCCACAUCCUACAGAUUUACUCCUCCAUGUGCAGCCCUCCACACACCAAGAACUGGACUGAGAUCAGCAUUAACACUGAUGUGAGUGGGGACACUGUGAGGACAGCUCUGUCUCGGCUUAAGCACACUCUGAACGAGAAACUCACUAAAUCACUCAAUGACAAGUUAAAGGAAACAGUUUCCACAGAACUGAUGAAGAUUCAGCAGUAUGCAGUGGGAAUUAGACACGGUGUGAAAUCAGUAGACGGUAUGUCCGGGCGCGCGAGAGGACAAUCACGUGGCAGAGAGACUGGGGCCCGAGGCGCGCAACCACCUCUGCCUCAGAAGGAAGCUCAAGCCAUGUGGCCACCACCGCCUGAGAGAGAACUCCAAGGGAGGGGAAGACAGAAAUCUGCCCCCGUGGUGGCGGCAGAAGGAGAAAAGCCAUAUCACUGCUCGGAGUGUGGGAAUAGUUUUAUUACACCAAGUAAACUCCAAAUACACCAGCGCAUUCAUACAGGAGUGACGCCAUAUCACUGCUCGGAGUGUGGGAAGAGUUUUACGCAGCAGGGUAAUCUCCAAACACACCAGCGCAUUCAUACAGGAGUGAGACCAUAUCACUGCUCGGAGUGUGGGAAGAGUUUUACGCAGCAGGGUAAUCUCCAAACACACCAGCGCAUUCAUACAGGAGUGAGACCAUAUCACUGCUCGGAGUGUGGGAAGAGUUUUACGCGGCAGAGUAGUCUCCAAAUACACCAGCGCAUUCAUACAGGAGUGAGACCAUAUCACUGCUCGGAGUGUGGGAAGAGUUUUAUUACACAAAGUGAUCUCCAAAGACACCAGCGCAUUCAUACAGGAGUAAGACCAUAUUACUGCUCGGAGUGUGGGAAGAGUUUUAUUACACAAAGUGAUCUCCAAAUACACCAGCACAUUCAUACAGGAGUGAGGCCGUAUCACUGCUCGGAGUGUGGGAAGAGUUUUACGCGGCAGAGUAGUCUCCAAAUGCAGCAGCGCAUUCAUACAGGAGUGAGACCGUAUCACUGCUCGGAGUGUGGGAAGAGUUUUAUUACACAAAGUAAUCUCCAAACACACCAGCGCAGUCAUACAGGAGUGAGACCAUAUCACUGCACAGAGUGUGGGAAGAGUUUUAUUACACAAAGUGAUAUCCAAAGACACCAGCGCAUUCAUACAGGAGUAAGGCCGUAUCACUGCUCGGAGUGUGGGAAGAGUUUUACGCGGCAGAGUAGUCUCCAAAUACACCAGCGCAUUCAUACAGGAGUGAAGCCAUAUCACUGCUCAGAGUGUGGGAAGAGUUUUAUUACACAAAGUGAUCUCCAAAGACACCAGCGCAUUCAUACAGGAGUAAGACCAUAUUACUGCUCGGAGUGUGGGAAGAGUUUUAUUACACAACGUGAUCUCCAAUUACACCAGCACAUUCAUACAUCAGUGAGGCCGUAUCACUGCUCGGAGUGUGGGAAGAGUUUUAUUAAACAAAGUAAUCUCCAAAGACACCAGCGCAUUCAUACAGGAGUGAGACCAUAUCACUGCUCGGAGUGUGGGAAGAGUUUUACGCAGCAGAGUAAUCUCCAAACACACCAGCGCAUUCAUACAGGAGUAAGACCGUAUCACUGCUCGGAGUGUGAGAAGAGUUUUAUUACACAACGUGAUCUCCAAAUACACCAGCGCAUUCAUACAGGAGUGAGGCCAUAUCACUGCUCGGAGUGUGGGAAGAGUUUUACGCAGCAGAGUAAUCUCCAAAUACACCAGCGCAUUCAUACAGGAGUGAGACCGUGUUACUGCUCGGAGUGUGGGAAGAGUUUUAUGCAGCAGAGUAGUCUCCAAACACACCAGCGCAUUCAUACAGGAGUGAGACCAUAUCACUGCUCGGAGUGUGGGAAGAGUUUUAUUACACAAAGUAAACUCCAAAGACACCAGCACAUUCAUACAGGAGUGAGACCGUAUUACUGCUCGGAGUGUGGGAAGAGUUUUACGCAGCAGAGUAAUCUCCAAAUACACCAGCGCAUUCAUACAGCACAUACAAAAGAUUGACCUUUUCCUGUCUUUGGAAUAUUUUAUUUAUAAAUACAAUAUUUAAAAGAAAAAAAGGUGUUGCUAAUAAAUAUAUUACCUUCUUUUCAUAAAUCCUGUAAUAUUUUAACCUCAUUUUGGGGUCAUUUGGUCAGAGAUUCUACACAGACAUUAUCAUUGGUAGGACUACAGCCAUUAUCGCCUGUAGUCUUUUUUGUCCUAACCGUUUUCAUAAAUUCCCAAAUUCUGUGCAAUGUAUUGGAUGCUAAAUGUACUGUCCAAUCGUCGUGGGGGUAUAAGAUAGUUUUAAACAAUCCGAACGAAGGAAGGGGGGACGUGUCUGAAUAUGGGUAGGAAAACAAACAUAAGAGUAACCGCGAGCAUAAACACAGCAAUGCCAACCUAGCCUAAGCUGAUGCAGCUUUUCACGUCCGCGCUUUUUUGUUGUUUUACUCGGCUAUAUGGGGGUUCCAAAAUUUUACAGAUGGAUAUCCGAGCGAUAUCCGUGUUUGAGCGAAGUUGUGAAGGAGCACCAGGUUUGUGUUCAUAAAUGAUGCUAUUUAGCUUUAGCACUAGCAUCCUGCUAGCACUUUACCUCAGUCAGGGCUGUGUAUGUUUACAGGUGUAUUUACACACGAUUGGUGAUUAAUUUUAGCUAAAGAAGGCAGAAAGAACAAUAAAUUCACUGUGGAAACAUUCUGAAGUUAAUUUCCAGCGCUUUAAUUACUCAGUUAGUGAACAGUAAGUAAUUGUGGAACAAUCCCAACUCGAUGUGUGUUACAGCUGUAGGUCACUACAUAGAGCGCGAGGGGAGGGAACUUUGUGCUAACCCCAGUGCUCAUGACAGGACAUAAGGGUCAUGUAGUCUGUAGCUGUGACAACUUACAUACACAUCUCUAUAGCCACACACAUAUAAACAACGUUUAAUACAUCUAUAAAUAUAUUGUUUAAUACUAAAUCUAUUUAGUAUUAUUAUUAAAGAGUUAUAUUGAUGUCAUUAUAGAAAGUUUUAUUUGUAAAACUGAGGUGAUUCAAAUGGACUUUUUAGAUGAGAGAGAGAAAUUAAAUGUAUAAUCGUUUAUAAUGAACUUUGAGUAUUUUUAUACUUGUAUAUCUAUUUCUUUAAUAAAUGUAGGUGUUUUUAUAUUAAAAUAUAUAGUCAGGUGUUCAUUUAACUGGGAGCAAAAUAGUCAGAUAUUUUCCACUACCUCGACUUUCGCAUCAUCAAGCCCAGGAAGGUGUUCUUCAUGGCCGUGGAUGGUGUCACACUCGGGGCCAAAAUGAACCAACAGCGUGGCAGAAGGUUCAGGUACGUUCUACAUCCGUUAGUCCCCCACCCACCCACACACACACACUCUGGUCAUGCUGACCUGUGAUAAGCGUUCUUGUUUUCUUGUUUUUGUACCCUGUGUUUCUGCAAAUAUAAUCAGGAUGGUAAGACUUGCUGAUAACGUAACCUUAACCUUAAGGGAAUAGAAAACGAGGAAACCUCUGUCAUGUAAAAAUGUAUUUCUGUGUUAUAUGUUAUAUGUCAUCUUCACCUCUUUUGAUUUAAUGUUCUUGAUUUGAGUCUAUUCUGUUCUUUUAGUGCUCUUGACAGGAUGAAGAAGACAAGAUAGGCUGACCUGCUUGUGAGAUUACUCGCAGGACACUUAGUUUGUCUUUGCUCAUGUACAGGCUUUUUGACCUUAAAUGCUGGGAUAAGAGUUGUGAGGAAGCAGCAUUCUUGCAUACUCCUAUCUAUGUUGAUAAAACUUAGCCCUCGCCUUAUGUCAUACACCAUAGCUUACUGUAUUCCAUUGCGUAUAUUUUCUGUAGCUCAGUUCUUUGAGCAUCUGUUUGGAAUAAACCAGAUUUGAUUUCACUCGUGUGGUUUGUUCUCUCAGUGCUCCGGAGCUCCUAUUGUUUUGCAGAGGUAAAGGGAUGCGGACAAGUGCGAGGAGGAAUCUUUCUUACAUGCAUCUAACAGAAGCUGCUUGCUGGUCUGGAUUGCCUUAACAAGCUAGGUUAGAUCAGCAAAAGAAGCGGAGGGACCAUUGAGAGCAUCCUGAGCAGCUGCAUCACUG